AUGUCUGACCCGGAGCCCUCGGUGGCGAUCUCAUCUUCGCCCUCUCUCCCGGCCACCGACUCCAAUCCUCUCAACUACGCCUUCCUCGUGCAUUCACAGAAAACUCUCACUCAAAACCUCCCUCCGCGUGUCGACAAUAAACUACUCGCCCGCCAAAAGCGACGACGCACUAGCCCAGAGGAUCACGCAGUACUCGAAUCCGAAUAUCAACGGAAUGCGAAACCAGACAAGGCAGCCCGUACAAGUAUCGUGAAUCGCGUCUCGCUCGGUGAGAAAGAGGUCCAAAUUUGGUUCCAGAACCGCCGCCAAAACGACCGUCGCAAAUCCAAACCCCUUCAACCUCACGAGUUACUUGCCCCGCGGUCGGGCUUACUUGAUUCAUCGGGUCAGCCUUUGAGUGAUGAUAACGCGUCUGCGGAGCCGGGGUCUUCAAGUGGGGCAGAGCAGUUUGACAACGAACACCGCGAAGAAAUGGCGUCAAAACCCUGGCACGGGGGUCUUUUGAAUUUCUCCGAUGAUUCGGAUCCAGUGACCGGAGAUAGAGAUGAUCAUGAACCUGAGUUGCCUCCAAGCACUCAGACGAGCGUGGCGACAGAGGCUGUCGAUGACACUCCGCCGACUACGCAGGAAGAAUUUUCUCAGAACGUAAACCACUCAUCGGAGGAUUCCCAGUUACUGGUACCCAAGAGGAAGCGUUCUGUGUCGGAUAUCAGAGGCGAGAGGGAAAAUGAGCAGGCAGAGAACACACAAAUCACACCCACAACACCCACAAAGUCACCACCAUCCUUGAGACUGUCAAUGUCUUUCGAUGGAGAGGCUAUGGUGCGCAAGGAAGGCGAACUGACACCGUCACCACCCAAAAGCCGGACUUCAUUGCGUAUCGCGAUGUCAUCGGAUGGUAAGGCAGUUAUCCGAGGAGAAAACGAGCCUUCCCCAUCAAAGAACCGAGUGGCAAUGUUCUCAGUUCGCCGAACAAAAAUGUCAAGCUUGCGACGGAGCAGCAGUGCUGUCUUUCCAGCUACGCCGCGGGCAGGCGUGGCCGAGAAGGACCGGGCCUUCGGUCGCUCUCGUGAUCCCCGCAACUGGGAGUCAUUCUGUGACACGGAUGCAAGAAGCGCCCUUUCAACACCAGGCAGUGGACCAAAUGCUUCUUCGCCAAGUCUGUUCCAUUCCCGCAGCCAGCGCUCAAUGCCACGCAGUGCAUCUGGGCGCCACAGCCUCGCUGCCAACCCCGACCUGACCAACACACCGAUUUCUCAGUCCAUGGGAGAGAAACGGCGAAAGUUAGCUCGUACCGUUUCAUCUCUAGGGCGGUUGGAGACUGGUCGAAACAAAGCCAACGCCAAUCUUCCCAAAAUCUCUAAACCCAUGUUCUCCAAAUCAGGCAAGACACAAUUUGAGAUGGACGCCGGUGACUCUGACAAAGAAAAUUGGGUGCCCGGUACUCGCUCAGCGAAUAUUCGUCGUCGCAACACGUCACAUGUAUCACGGCCGGCCCUGACUGAUGCAAAUCGGAACCGCGGGCUCGGGAUCUCAACCAAUGGCAAACGCAGACCACUUCAAUCUCGCGCGCAGGGCAAGGCCCCAGAACUUAGUGCUGAGGUCUCUGCAUUCAUGGCUGGUGGCUCGGGCGAUACCCAAGAAGAUGAUCUCGACUGUGUCCAGGGUCUUCUGUCGCUGAGUCAAGGGGCCUGGCGAUAA